AUGACAAGCAACACACAAAAAGCUGAUGAAAACAGAAGUAAACGUAAAAAAGAGAUGGAGAAUGAAGCUUCAGAAAAUCCUCAGUUGUCUUCCCUUGACAAAACAGAUUUUUCUGAGGGCUCGCAGUCCCAUUACAAACCUGAACCACUGGAAAAAGCUUUAAACGAGAUGAACAAAGAAAUUAUGAACUUGUUAUCAAAAUAUGCUCACAUUUUAAGUGAGAGAGCAGCGAUGGAUGCUUCUUAUGUCCAAGAACUUGAUGGAAUCUUAAAAGAAGCAAGGACCAUAGAAAACCACUUAAAACAGAAAAGGGAAAGUCUGAAACAGAGAUUCACUGUGAUCGCAAAUAGUCUGCAAAGCUAA